CAGUGGACGAAUUCCGAUGGAUCAAGAGGUUCGACGGAGGUGAUCAGAUUUUUGGGUUUCACGGUGUUCGGUGAAUCUUGUCGCGGAACUUUUGCAUGCCGACGGAACGCCUGGCUCUGACAGGAAAUCUCUGAGGGAGGAUUUCUAAGGGGUCUCUCUCGAAGGUAGAAUUUUAUUGUAGAGAAUACUUUGGUGAAUGUGUUUCAUUGAGGGGAACAUUUUUAUUUGGGAUCCCUGUCAUUGAGUGGCACGUCAUCUUAAUAACGAGGACAGUUUCGUCGUAGAGAGAGGAUUUAUUUUAAAGGAAACCAUUGUAAGGAGAGGAGGUGGUUGUUUUAAAGCAUUUUAUCAAGAAUUGUUACAAUGCCUUUCGUGCGAUUUACCUCCUGGAUUUCGUUAAUUGAUUUUGUGCUUGUCGUAGGUAAAAUGGCCAUUGCAGCGUCAGAAAACUAUCAGCUGAAGUGGCACAGCUACGGAGCACAUCUUCACAGUUCAGUCGCCACUUUGCUGCAUUCCGAGUCUUUUGCCGAUGUGUUGUUGGCAACCUCGUGUGGUCGUCAUGUGGCAGCGCACCGCUUUGUGCUUGCAGCUUGUUCGUCGUACCUCAGUCACAUCUUUCAGACUUGCCAUUUUGGGGCAAAUACAAAUGCUCCUAUUAUUGUGGUGUUACCUACGGAGAUUGGAUAUCGUACUUUGAAGAUUUUGAUUCAGUAUAUGUACAGUGGAGAGGCAACGGUAACAAAUGAUCAAUUGGAAGGGGUAUUAAAAGCAGGAGACAUACUCAGAGUACGAGGACUUUGGAGGUCGAACACAGGGAGUAAGAAGGAGAACAUUCAAUCUAAUAAUCAAAAAGUGGAACGGGAUAAAAGAGAACAAGCUCCAUUAACUGGACAGAUCCAAAAGAUCAAGUUAGUCCAGCCUUCGACGGAAAAAGUUACAGAAAACACCCAGCAACCAGCCACGACGCAGACCAGCACCGUCCAGACAUCGAAGACUGGAGACAAAAAGGGCUCGGAGAAGGCAGAGGAGAAAUCCAAUGAUUCGGAAACUAAAAAAGUCUUGGAAGAAAAUAAAAAUAAUGAACAAACCAAAGAUAAGGAGAAUCUCGAAGGAAAUGGAAAAAAAAGAAAAAGCGUCAACAGCGACGUCGAGUCUACCAAGUCUAAGAGCGAUGGAGGCGAUAACACCGAGUUAAAUUUGGAACUUUUGGUCAAGGAUGAGCCCAUUGAUUGGGAGGAAUCGAUCGACCCUUCGGAAUCUUUAACGAUAGAUCAUGAGAUCGAUAUUAAACCGGAAAUAGUUCAUAGUGCAGACGAAGAUGGGGAAAUGGAAGAGGAAGAGUAUACACCUUUGACCUGCGACAUGUGCAGUCAAACGUUCAACAGGCCUUCGGACUGGGUUCGGCACAUAGAAUUCACUCAUGCGGACAUGACAGAAAAUCGACGCAAGAAGCGGAAAGGCGAUGUAGAUGACGACAACAAGGACUUUCCUCCACUGAAGUGUGACUUAUGUGGUAACAUGUAUCCAACACCUCAAGAAUGGGUCCGCCACAUACAAACGGAACACACGGAGGAACAAUUGGCUCUGAUGAAUAAUUCAACACCCCCCAAGCCGAAGAGAGUCCACAGCCACCAAAAACUGUGCAACAUUUGCCAAAAGGUAUUCCCAAGUCAUGCGUCAAUGGUAAUUCAUCAGAGGACACACACGGGGGAGAGGCCGUUUCUAUGUUCCUACUGUAAAAAAGGAUUCAACGUCAAGAGCAAUCUACUGAGGCACCUCAGAACAUUGCACGACAAGUUCGUGCAUCCAAGCUUAUACGGAAGCAACGGCAACAAAAACGCUUAACCUGUCUGUCUUAUAACUUUAGGUUAAGUGUCAUUUACUUCGGUAAAGAAACAAGCUAAAGCUCAAGCGGUGGGCAGUGAUCACACAAUAAUGACCGUAGUACAAUUGUAGAUUCCAUAACGUGGCCGAAAUGGAAAGCACUCCGUAGUCAUGACAAAGGUGAUGUCAAAUCUGCCAAAGUAUCGACAGGGAUCUGAGACAUCUAAAAUUUUAAAUACUGUCGAGUUUCUUAUGAAUGCUCCGGCAGAAUUAUCAUCACCUGAAUUGGCACGAUUUCAUCGGGGGCAUCCUGCUGACAUUUGGCAGCGUUCCCAGUCGAAGUUAAUUCGAUAAGAAGUGAGCAAGCUUGGAUCGUCGAUCCAGGCGCCGCAAAACUGUGAUCGAUCUUUAUUUUCCGAAGCAUUCUGGAAGGCCCAGCUUUCGUUGAUGUUUCUGUGUGAGAACUGCCCUUGAGCGCGAUUCUUGAUUGAAAGUGAUCAAUGAAAUUAAACGACGAGGUGUCGUAAACCAGGAUCAAAACGCUUUCUUCGAAUUCGUUAUGUACCUCGUCGCCAAUGCUCAUAUUUCGCGGUGACUCGGGAAGUGUCUCGUUAGAGAUUAUUUUCAAGAAGGAAUUGCUACCGCAUUAUUAAAUGUCAGACCGUUUUUCAUCGAUAACGAGAAAGGAAGAGCUGUACCAGGGCUUAGAACCGAAGAGGCUGACUAAUAUUGCCAAAGAAUUCGCUUUCGUUGCCGUUCGAAGAUAUUCUUUUCUAAACGUACACCUAUACGAUUCCAAAAGUUUUACCUAAUCUCGUAUAGCGACGUAAAGUAAGUAUGCAUGAAAAGUGAAGGAAGGUAAAAAAAAUGACGACGAAGGACUUAAUAAUCCGUAGGAGAGUCUUCGCACGAGUACUUGCGUGUAAAAUACUUCCUAGUUUUAAUCGCGUCAUUUAACUCGAUCGAUACACUUCAUUGAUUAGUCAUGAUUUAAGAAACCAAAUUAAGUAAGGUUAACCGUAUACUUUUACUAUAUACUUUAGGCUAUUCCAUCCACGGUAGCCCUCUUAUUCCCGCAGUUCGUAAGCUAAUUAUGUAUUUUUAUAUUAAAGUAGCUUAUACAUAUAGUCGUAAGAAUAUUAAGGAACACACACACAAACACACAUACACGUACACACAAAUGUAGGAUUAACAUUUUGAACUUCGAUUAGGCUAGGAACCAGGACAUAAGAUAUAUUCGGAAUUCAUCAAAAUUUCUCAAGAUGUAUUCGGUCCUUCGAUACUACGUUACAAAUCGGAUACUAUCAAAAUACAGUCACAGUCGACAAAGAAUGUAGCGUGUAAAAAAGGAACUCUUAUGGUACGACAUCGUUUUAUCUUAAUAAUCGUGAUCGCGUCACAAUUUUGCGAACUAUAGUGUCAAUUCUACGUUGCGCUAAUACUGUGACGAGCCAAAUGACUUUUAACUGUACACAUUGAUUAAUACAUUACCUCCAAAGUAA